UAACUACCAAGCAUCCAUUCGUCAAAACAACAUACGAAUCAAGGCAAGCUUAAGUGUUCUUUUUACUACCUACAUGUUUCUUGCCACGUUCUUUGGUUUAUUUUUUUGUGGGUUCCAAUGAGUACAAGUUUACCAUGUCUUAUGACACGAAAAAAGAAAAUUCCAGGCACAAAAACCUUUGAUGCAGAGAAAGUUUUGGCAGAUUUCACCCCAGGUUUAUCAACUCAACCCUCAUCAUACAGAAGUACAUAUUACUCAAAAAAGAAAUGUUCUGCUCCAGUGGCUGGUAAAACGAAAAGAAAUAACUCAAAUAAUGUUUGCUUUUUAUAUGAAAACCCACGUUUUAUAAAUGAACCAAUAUGCUUUGCUAAUUCAAAAGAGACUUCACCAAACCAAGCUAUGUGGUGGCCGGAUUCUGUACCAGUUGAUCAAAAGCCCAACCCUGCUUAUAAAAAAGACACUGUUAAUAGAUCAGAUUAUGCAAUCUUUACCAAUGCUCCUCCUGGCCUUACUCGAUUUGGAUGCAAUAAAAACAUGUUGAAAACAGCACAAGGUAUUGUUCCAACUGGUAGUGACAAGCCUUUAAUUGCAAAGGAGAAAAUAUCUUAUGAGCAUCAAUUUGAUUGUCGACAGAACAGAAGGGAGAGAGGGAAACUUCAUGGCAGUUUUGUGUGGAAGCCUAUUUCUGAUCGCCAUAUUCAAGAAAGGAUUAGACUUAGAUUAAAACAGCAGAAUAGUAAUAUUUUUGAUUGAUACUGUGUAUAAUAAUUGUAAUUAUAAUUUAUAUGUAUAUAUAUAUAUAUUUUUUAAGAUGGGGAUUUUCCUAA